AACGCUGUCACACAGGAGGAGAUUCUGAGUAUUCCAGGAUUCCCAGCCAAUAUUUAUGCAGAAAUUACGUGAUCCGGAAAUACUGUUUAAUUGUAGCUGAAGUGACACUGGUAGAGGUUCUGUACCCAAUGACGACGGUCGUGUACACUGGUCGGAAUUUCUCCCAUACCAUAUGUAAACCGGACGCUUUAUGGAAGUUGAAUUCAUGUAAAACCAGAAUGAUUCAAUUCGAAUGCAGGGGACGGGUGUGAGGAUCAUAUCCACCACUCGGUGGCACCACUAUACUUUGUGAUCCUGUCCUCCCCAGAAAUCAUGUCAGGUUUCGAAAGCGAAAGAAUACGAAUUUUAAUGGACACGGAAAGCAAACUUGAGGGUCUCACUGAUGUGUGGCAACCCAGGGAUGGGUUGGCCACUCCCCCAGGUGAAGAGGGAGCUGCUAAGUCAGAUGUAGAAUCUCUGAAGGACAGAUUUGUCCUCUUCUCUGCUAACUCCUCACCCUCCUGCAUGGAAUUGGCCAACCGGAUUGCUGAGAGACUGGGAGUGGAGCUGGGAAAGACUGAAGUUUACCAGGAAUCUAAUGGAGAAACACAUGUCCAGAUCAAGGAUUCAGUCAGAGGAAAGGAUGUCUACAUCAUCCAGACCAUGUCUUCGAAUGUGAACCAGUGCCUGAUGGAGUUGUGUGUGAUGGCGUACGGGUGUGUGACAUCGAGUGCCAGAAGUGUAUGUGGUGUUUUGCCAUACUUACCUUACAGUAAACAGUGUAAGAUGAGGAAGAGGGGGUCCAUCGUCUGUAAGCUCAUCGCAUCACUCCUUUGUAGAGCAGGAUUAACCCACCUCAUCACUAUGGACCUUCAUCAGAAGGAGAUUCAGGGUUUCUUCAACAUCCCAGUCGACAACCUGAGAGCUUCCCCAUUUCUACUGCAGUACAUACAGGAGGAGAUUCCAGACUACAGAAAUGCCGUCAUCGUGGCCAAAUCACCUGCUUCAGCCAAGAGGGCCCAGUCCUUAGCGGAGAGGUUACGUUUGUGCAUCGCAGUGAUUCAUGGAGAUUCAGAAACAGACCUGCUGGACGGUCGCCACUCCCCUCCGGCAGUCCGUAAUGCUGGAGCUAUACCUCAAAUACCAUUGUGUAUCCCUAAGGAGAAGCCUCCCAUCUCAGUCGUCGGAGACGUAGAAGGACGUAUAGCCAUCAUCGUGGAUGACAUCAUCGAUGAUGCAGUAGGUUUUGUUGCCGCAGCAGAGAUGCUAAGGGAGAGAGGAGCGGGCCCUAUAAUUGCCAUGGCAACACACGCCAUCCUGUCAGCAGAUGCUCCCAGAAUCCUCCAGGACUCAGCUAUCAGUCAGGUGAUCGUAACCAACACGAUUCCUCAUUGGUCCCAGAAGCGUCAGUGUUCUAAGAUAAAGACGGUUGACGUGACUUUGAUUCUGUGUGAAGCUGUAAGGAGGAUCCACUGUCGAGAGUCCAUGUCCUUUCUGUUCCACAACAUAGGGGCUGACGACUGACAGGACCUGCAAAAUGUCUACAGCCCAUGGCCUGCAGCAGAGCCUGGACCUGCUAGAGCAGUACUUUCAUACCUGGACCUGGUAGAGCAGUACUUUCAGACCUGGACCUGCUAGAGCAGUACUCUCAGACCUGGACCUGCUAGAGCAGUACUCUCAGACCUGGACCUGCUAGAGCAGUACUCUCAGACCUGGGCCCUGGACCUGCUAGAGCAGUACUGUCAGACCUGGACCUGCUAGAGCUGUACUGUCAGACCUGGACCUGCUAGAGCUGUUCUGUCAGACCUGGACCUGCUAGAGCAGUACUGUCAGACCUGGACCUGCUAGAGCAAUGCUGUCAGACCUGGACCUGCUAGAGCUGUACUGUCAGACCUGGACCUGCUAGAGCUGUUCUGUCAGACCUGGACCUGCUAGAGCAGUACUGUCAGACCUGGACCUGCUAGAGCAGUACUGUCAGACCUGGACCUGCUAGAGCAAUGCUGUCAGACCUGGACCUGCUAGAGCUGUUCUGUCAGACCUGGACCUGCUAGAGCUGUACUGUCAGACCUGGGCCUUGGACCUGCUAGAGCUGUACUGUCAGACCUGGACCUGCUAGAGCUGUUCUGUCAGACCUGGACCUGCUAGAGCUGUACUGUCAGACCUGGACCUGCUAGAGCUGUACUGUCAGACCUGGACCUGCUAGAGCUGUUCUGUCAGACCUGGACCUGCUAGAGCAGUACUCUCAGACCUGGACCUGCUAGAGCUGUACUGUCAGACCUGGACCUGCUAGAGCUGUUCUGUCAGACCUGGGCCUUGGACCUGCUAGAGCUGUACUGUCAGACCUGGACCUGCUAGAGCUGUACUGUCAGACCUGGACCUGCUAGAGCUGUUCUGUCAGACCUGGACCUGCUAGAGGUGUUCUGUCAGACCUGGGCCUUGGACCUGCUAGAGCAAUGCUGUCAGACCUGGACCUGCUAAAGCCAUACUGUCAGACCUGGAAACUGGACCUGCUAGAGCAGUACUGUCAGCCCUGGACCUGCUAGAGCAGUAUUGUCAAACCUGUGCUCUGGACCUGCUAGAGCAGUUCUGUCAGCCCUGGACCAUAAAAAAAAAAAAGAUUGAAUACCUAUUAGAAUUUGGCAAAUAAUAAUUCAUAAUCAAACCAAUUGGCCUCUAUGGCAGUGAGGUGUGGGGUCCACUUAUGAAACAAGAUUUGACUAAUUGGGACAAACCCCAUUGAAACCUUGCAUGCAGUUUUGUAAGAUUCUCCUACAUGUCAAGAGGAAAACUACAAAUAAUACAUGCAGGGCAGAACUAGGCCAAUAUCUAUUCAUAUUAAAAAAUCUAAAAAUAGGAAUUAUGUUUUGGAAAUGCCUAAAAUACAGUGAACCCCACUCAUAUCAUUAUAAGUCCUGCAAUACGAAGAGUUGAGUAAAAAGAGAGUCCCUUUAUUCAACUGGCCCGGGGCUUACAAAUCUGUUCUACUAACACACGGAGGCCUCAUUUGUCUAACCAAUGUAUUCUCACUGGACUGAGAGCCCCUUGUUCAAAUUAGAAAAGGAAUGUGGGGGAUCAGGUAUUUGC